UUCUCAAGGUUUAACAUUUUAUUAAUAUAAUACAAUAUAGCAAAUAAUUAUUUAUUGCGUCUUUUAUAAAGUGUAUUUUUGUUUUAAAAUUUUCUUACAUUGUUACCAUUUAUAUUCAUUAACAUAAUUACAGUUACCAUUUUUAAAUAUCAACAUGUCGGAAGCAAAAGUUAACAGUGAAGACAUAGAAAUUGUAUUUCAACGUCUUAGAGCAUUGCCAGUCAAUAAAACAUGUUUUGACUGUAAUUCAAAAAAUCCAACAUGGUCAAGUAUAACAUACGGUGUGUUUAUUUGUUUGGAUUGUUCUGCGGUACAUAGAAGCUUAGGAGUUCAUUUGACUUUUGUAAGGUCUACUCAGCUAGACACAAAUUGGACAUGGUUGCAAAUGCGACAAAUGCAAUUGGGCGGAAAUUCAAAUGCUACAGUUUUCUUCAGGCAACAUAAUUGCAUGUCUAAAGAUGCACAACAGAAAUAUAAUUCUAGAGCUGCUCAAUUAUAUAGAGAUAAACUCUUACAAAGUGCUAAACAAGCAAUGAAAACCUAUGGAACACAGUUAUUUUUGGACCAAUCGCACGAAACAAUUGAAGUGAAACCAAUAGAUUUUUUUGAACAACAUACUACUAAUGUUAAUUCAAGUAAUGACAACUUUUUAAGUAACAAUUUUAUGCCCUUUAAACAAGACAAUGGUGAUACAACACUUGAAGGAGGUACUAAAAUCUUAAAUGAUGCAGCACAAAAAUCAAUAGAUCAUAAAACUUUAUUAGGUGGUCGUCAAGCACAUAGUAAAAGAUCUGGUUUGGGAGGAAAAAGAUUAGGUAUGGGUGCUCAGAAAGUACAUGCUAAUUUUACUGAUAUAGAAAAAGAAGCAGAAUUAGCUGAUAAAAUGAAAUUUAGCGAACCAGAAAAAAAAAAUAUAGAAAAAUCUAAUGAAGACCAAGAAACUCAGAUGUCAUCAAUGAGGUUAGCUUAUCAUGAUUUGAGUUUAAAGAAGAGUAAAGAAGAAGAAAAAUUAAAACAAGUUGAUCCUAAAAAAGCUGCUCAAUUAGAAAGACUUGGUAUGGGAUUUACUUCAAAAAAUAUUGUUAGUCAUUCAGCGUUAAAUGAUAUGAUGACACUAGAUAAAGAAGUAAAAAAACAAAUUACAUUAGACCAUAAUGAAGAUCAAUUUUAUGAUUGUUUUGAUGAAGACAAAACUCCUGAAAUGAUUUUAAAAAUGAUGAACAAAAACCGUCAAAUUACCAGUGAUGAUUUUUUGGACUUUGAUGAUUCUAUUAAAAGUUUAAAAUUAUCAUAUACGCCUUCCACUAUUGAUGUCAUAAAAAAUGAUUGGGAUAAUAUAAAACCAGCAAAAAAAAUAAACAAAGAAGCUGAAAAUGAUAAUUGGGACUCUUUUUAUGAAAACUCUAAUAGAAGACAAGGUAGAAAUAAUAGAUCAACAAAUUUAGUCUCAAAACCCGCAGAAAAUAAUGAAGCUUUUAAAAAAUUUGGUGGAGCUAAAUCAAUAUCAUCUACUCAAUAUUUUGGUGAUAGUCAAACACAAGGUGAGAAAUCAAAUCUUUCACGUUUCGAAGGAAGUGAUAGUAUUUCAUCUGCUGAACUAUUUGGCAGAGAAGAAAUGACAGGUGUCAAUUCUACAUACCAACCACCAGAUUUAGAUGAUGUUAAAGAAAGCGUUAAACAAGGUGUAACAAAAGUAGCUGGUAAAUUAUCAUCUUUGGCUAAUGGCAUGAUGUCAUCAUUUCAGUUUGGAUCCCGUUCUGCAAAAAUGGUUGAUGACAAUGCUCCAAAAAGGCUUCCGGCGGUGCCGGAGUCUGUACUCAAAAGACGUAAGGCUCGUACAGCGUUCAAACUUAAGUCAUUGAAGAAAGCUAUUGAGGAACGUAAAGAACGCGUAAAGAAAACUAAGAAGUAUUUUAAACGCGCCGAAGCUUAUGUUAAGGAAUUUAGAAUGAAGGAAAGAGAUGAAAUCCGUUUAGCAAGAAAUGCUAAGAAAGCUGGUGACUUUUAUAUUCCUCCCGAGCCAAAAUUAGCAUUCAUUAUGCGUAUUCGUGGUGUGAAUCAAGUAGCUCCUAAAGUGAAGAAAGUAUUGCAACUGUUCAGAUUACGCCAAAUCAACAAUGGAAUUUUCAUCAAAUUAAACAAAGCAACAUUAAAUAUGUUGAGAAUUUGUGAACCAUAUGUAACUUGGGGAUACCCUAACUUGAAGAGUGUAAGAGAAUUGGUCUACAAAAGAGGAUUUGCCAAAAUUAAGGGCCAACGCAUUCCAAUCACUAACAAUGAAAUGAUUGAAAAGAAAUUGGGAAAAUAUGGUAUCAUCUGUACUGAAGAUUUAGUUCAUUGUAUUUAUAGAGCUGAUCGUCGGUUCAAGUAUGCGAUGAACUUCCUUUGGCCUUUCAAAUUAAACACCCCAACUGGAGGCUGGCGUAAGAAGACCAAUCACUACGUUGAAGGUGGAGAUUUUGGAAACCGUGAAGAUACCAUUAACAAGCUAUUGAGAAAAAUGGUUUAAAUACAUUAAAUGUUUUACAAAAGCUUUUUUUUA